AUGUCGACUCCUUUUGAAUCAGAGAUUCUCGCAGCCAAUGCUAAAUAUGUUAGCACUUACACACACAGCGGUCUCGAAUGCCCUCCUAAAAAGCAUGCCGUCAUUAUAACCUGCAUGGAUUGCCGUCUUGAUCCCAAAUCAGCCUUGGGCUUUGAGCUUGGAGAAGUGACCACGAUCCGAAACGCAGGCGCAUCAGGCCUGGAUGCCGCGCGCUCAGCACUUCUCACUACGCACGUCUUGGGCGCUCAGGAGGUUCUUCUCAUCAAGCACACUCGAUGCGGUUUGCUAGGCGUUCCUGAAGAAGCAGUACGUGGAAUUAUGAAGAAGAACUUGGGGGUGGAAGAGUCCAAAGAUGUGGACAACUUUGAUGUCUUGACCUUUUUCGAUUUGGAGAAGUCUACCCGGGAAGAAGUGGAACAUCUUCGCAACCACCCUCUUUGGCUGAGCAAGAUUAAGGUGACGGGCUGGAUCCAGGAUACUGAUACUGGCGCUCUGAAGAAGAUUGUGGAGUAA